AUGCGUGCGCUCAUCUCCUCUUUCAUCUCCCUCAUCACUCACUUUUUACCCCAGCGCAGAAUGUCGGGCAACGGCUUCAAGUCUCCUGCCCCAGUCCUUCCGGGUCUCGGCCUCCACUCUUUUCACAAUGAUUCCCCACCAUUCGCUGGCGCCGCCACGUCCGAGAUCGGCGAACCGCCUGCGUUGAAUCUCGAAACCACCAACGGCCAUCCCGGUGCUGGCCCCUGGCAGGGGUCUGUCUCCCGCAUGCCUACUCUCGGACGCACUCCCUCCCAAGCCGAAGCAAUCCCAGAGCACCCCACCACCCAAGUUCCAGAGAGCAAAGACAUAUCGUCUCUCAAAAACAUCCAGCCUUCCCCCUCUCCCCCCGUCCCGAGCGACUCCCCAACAACCUCGGUGGAUAAGGACCACGAGUUUUCACAAUCCCGUUCCCGUCGUCUGGUCUCCGGCUAUCUCUUUGGAAACCCUCCCUCUCCCACCGGCGUAAACCCCACAACCACCCCUCCCACCGCCCUCUCCCACUCCCAUCCAUCCACCGCCACCGUCACCGCCGCCACCGCAGAAGAAUCACAAGAACCCCAGGCCAGCCGCCGGCUCAGCCCGACGUUGGAGGGCACGAGAUAUGUGGGACAGCCCCGGCUGGCAGAGUUGCUGGAUUCGCCGCCGCUGAGCGAUGCGGAAGCUGGUUUGGGAGAGUUGAGGAGGGAUAUGCGGGAGCUGGAUAUGGACGGGACCCCGCCUCCACCCGAUGCUGCUUCUGAAGCACGCCCAGCUCCUGGCGGGGUUGUAUCCCUAAACGAGCCUCUCGGCGCCGAUGCUGGCGCCGGACCGGCGCCUAGGGUGGCAGCGAGGAAGAGCGAGAGGUCAAGAAAGGCAGAAACAGGAUACGACGCGCUGGAAGGGAGGAAUGAUGGGGAGGCUGAUCUGGAUUUGAGUGCGCCGCAAGCGGAGGGUGGUGGGAGUGGGGCGUAUCUGGCUGGAAAGGCGCCUUAUUCGUUCCCGAGACAUCGGCUGAGGACCAAGAUGCACGACGAAAGCAAGAUACCCGUGGUGAUCGUCGCUUGUGGCUCCUUCUCCCCACCCACCUACCUCCACCUGCGAAUGUUUGAAAUGGCCAAGGACGAGAUUGUGGAGAGUCAGACGUACGAGAUCAUGGCAGGCUACUACUCUCCCGUCUCAUCGUACUACAAAAAAUCCGGCCUCGCCCCCGCCCCCCACAGAGUCCGCAUGUGCGAGCUUGCCGUCGAACACACCUCCACCUGGCUCAUGGUCGACCCCUGGGAAGCCGGCCAGCCUGAAUACCAGCGCACAGCCGUCGUGCUCGACCACUUUGACCGGCUCCUCAACGGCGGGGCUGAAGGCGAGGAGCAAAAUGGCGAGAAGGGAGGGGGAGGGGUGGUGAUGAAGGGUGGAAAGAGGAGGAGGUACAAGAUCAUGUUGUUGGCUGGGGGUGAUCUGAUAGAGAGUUUUGGGGAACCGGGGGUAUGGAGUGAACCUGAUCUACACGAGAUCUUGGGCCGGUUCGGAUGUCUCAUCGUCGAACGCGCAGGCUCCGACGUCUGGGCAUUCCUCCUCUCGCACGAUAUCCUCUACCAUCACCGGCGCAACGUCGUCGUCAUCAAACAGCUCAUCUACAAUGACAUUUCGUCGACAAAAGUCCGGCUGUUUGUCAGAAGGGGCAUGAGUAUAAAGUAUCUGUUACCGAACAGCGUGAUUCAGUAUAUCAUAGAUCACAAGCUGUAUAGGAGCGGGGAUGGGAAGAAGAUUGCUUGA